CUAUAAGGUGUCAGGACGUGGCGGUCUAUUUCUCCAUGGAGGAGUGGGAGUAUGUAGAAGGACACAAGGAUCAGUACAAGGAUCAGGUCAUAAUGGAGGAUCAGCAGCCCCUCACAUCACCAGAUGGAGUCAUGGAUAGAAAUCCACCCGAGAGGUGUCCCCGUUCUCUGGAUUCCCAGGACUGUCCAGAGGGAAAUGUCCCAGAGAACCAUCAGGGAGGAGAUCUGACUAAUAAUAAAGUGGAGGAUAAAGAAGAGAGGAUGAUGGGCGAUCACCCCUGUAUGAGGGAAGUGAAGGAGGAAAUUCCAGGAAGUGUUACCCCAGAUGGAGUCAUGGAUAGAAAUCCACCCGAGAGGUGUCCCCGUCCUCUGUAUUCCCAGGACUGUCCAGAGGGAAAUGUCCCAGAGAACCAUCAGGGAGGAGAUCUGACUAAUAAUAAAGUGGAGGAUGAAGAAGAGAGGAUGAUGGACCAUCACCCCUGUAUGAGGGAAGUGAAGGAGGAAAUUCCAGGAAGUGUUACCCCAGAUGACUGGAGAUCACAAUAUCUAAUGUCUUCAGAUUUUAAAACUGAUGAUGAUGAUAUCACACAAGAUACAUAUGAAGAACAUUCCAUUUUCCCAGAUACACCCUCAGCCCUUCACAGCCAAGAUCUGUCACCUGAUCUGUUUAAGCAGGUUCUUUCUUCUGAUUCAUCACAGACUAUGGGGCAAAAUCUAAGUCCCGAUACUGGUGUUAUACAUCGAACAGCUCUGAUAGAAGAAAAACCAUCUUUAUGCACAGAAUAUGAUGAAUCUUUUACCGUAAAAUCAAAUCUUGUACAACAUCAAAUAGAUCACUCAAAUCGUCGUAUACGUCAAAGAACGCGCAAAGGAGAGAAGCCGUUUUCAUGUUCAGAAUGUGGGAAAUGUUUCUGUCAGCGAUCAGAUCUUGUUUGUCAUCAGAGAACUCACACAGGGGAAAAGCCAUUUAUAUGUUCAGAAUGUGGCAAAUGUUUUGCGCGGAAAUUUUGCCUUGUGACACAUCAAAGAAUUCACACAGGGGAGAAGCCAUAUCCAUGUGCAGAAUGUGGUAAAUCUUUUUGUAAGCGAUCAGAUCUUGUUUGUCAUCAGAGAACUCACACAGGCGAGAAGCCAUAUAAGUGUAAAGAAUGUGGGAAAUGUUUUUGUCAGAAAUUACAUCUUGUUCGACAUCAGAUGAUUCACACAGGAGAGAAGCCAUUUUCUUGUUUAGAAUGUGGAAAAAGUUUUACUGCUAAAUCAUCGCUUGUUAUACAUGAAAGAAGUCACACGGGGGAAAAGCCAUUUUCUUGCCCAGAAUGCGGAAAAAGUUUUACUAGAAAAUCGCAUCUUGUUGAGCAUCAAAUGGCUCACACAGGAAAGAAGCCUUUUUCAUGUUCAGAAUGUGGCAAAUGUUUUUCUCGGAAAUCACAUAUUCUUAAACAUCAGAGAACUCACCUGAAAGAGCAAGCAUUUCAUACCCAGAAUGUAGGAAAAGUUUUUUUCAGCAAACAAUUCUUCUUAAACAUCAGAAAAGUCACAUAGUGGAGAAGUCAUAUUAAUAUUCAGAAUGUGAAAAAUGCUAAACUUACAAAAUUAUAUUUCCUAAACAUGAAGUAGCCCACUUGAGCGGGAGAAAAUUUCCAUGUUCAGAAUGUGGUGAAUGUUUUAUUGCAAAAUCAAAUCUUGUUAUACGUCAGAGUUUACCCCUAUAGGAAAUGUUUUUUUUUUCAGCAACCAAGUCUUGUUUUUACAUCAGAGAACCCACGUACGGGAGAAGCCAUCUUCAUGUUCAGAAUGUAGGAAAUGUUUUACCACAAAAUCACAUCCUCUUUAACAUCGGGGACCUUUUUCAGAAUCAUUUUACUGUAAUAUUGUACAAAAAAGAAAUACAUCUUAUAAGAGAAAGGGAAUGCAGUUCAAAAGCAAAUAGAAUCCAGUUAAUGCAUCUACAGAUCAACCAUACAGAUAGAAUAUUUUAUGUUUAUAGGGGGAUUCAAAAAGGAUGGUGCAAAAGUAAAGUCCUGAAGUUAAAAGUACCAUCAGUGAUAAAUGGUCAGUGACCGAAAAUCAAAACAAAACCAGGCUGACUAAUAUGGAUCGAUACAGGUGCCACAAACCACAGUAUGGUGUAUCUUACGAAAAAACAUCUGUGGACCAUACAGAUUACAUCUUCAGGAGCUGAAGCCUUUAGCUGUCCGGACAUGCUGGGAGUUGUAGUUUUGCAACAGCUGGAGGCACCCUGGUUGAGGAACAAUAGACUUGAAGAACCAAUUGGAAAAGUAUGAAUCCACUUCCCGGCUGGUGUAUAGUAAAGAGGUGACCUUUCACCUUUAUUGGGAAUUUAGAAGACCAUGUAUACUUAUUGAGCACAUGAGGGACUCAUCCAAAGUAACCAUGUUCUGCGCAACAAGCAGGCGCCAAGACUUUUAUGGCUGAGGAUCCUGUCGCUGGCCGCACCUACCUGGACAUGUUAUAGGAACGGCCAUAGAUGAAGAUCUGAGAAGCGUUGUCUCUCGGCAGGAGGGUCACCUCCACAUUUCCAUUUGAACGUUCGCCAACACCUAAAUAAAACUCUACCAAAGCGUCGGAUCGGUGGUGCCGGCAACAAUUAUUCACCAAUGUUGCGCAGGCCUCCACGAUCACCAGAUCUAGCACUCUGUGUUCUUUCUGUGGGGCUACAGACCCAGGUUCUGACCGGCUUGCGACAACACAUGACUAACACUGUGGCGUCCAUAUCCGAGAAGACGCUGGCCAUUGUUGGAUGCCAUUCUUUUUUUUGUACAAAGAAUUAUAUUUACUCGCUGGAUUGUUAGUAUUGUCUCCUAUCAUUGAAUUAAAGGGGUACUCCACCCCUAGACAUCUUAUCCCCUAUCCAAAGGAUAGGAGAUAAGAUGUCUGAUCGCAGAGGUCCCGCCGCUGUGGACCCCUGCAAUCUUGGCUGCGGUACUCCAGACAUCCAGUGGACGGAGUAACCUUCUCUCCGUGCUGGAUGAUUGGCGAUGUGGGGCGGAGGCUCGUGAUGUCACGGCCACAUCCCCUCAAUGCAAGUCUAUGGGAGGGGGCGUGGUGGACAUUGGGCCCCCUACCAUAGACUUGCAUUGAGGGGGUGUGGCCGUGACAUCACGAGUGGGACGCGGCCGGGGUGUCCCGAACCUCUGGUGCUGCUCUAAACGAACUCCAGGUGCAGCAGGGAGAUCGCGGGGGU